CUUUUGUAAGUUGUGGGUAAAAGUAAGCAAAAAUGGUGAAGACGAAAGAGAAGAAGGUGAAUGUGUCGGGCAAGCCAAAGCACUCGCUUGAUGCGAACCGGACGGAUGGGAAAAGCGGCAGCCGUAGCGCCGCUACGGUGCGCCGUCUCAAGAUGUACAAUUCGAGGCCAAAACGCGACCGUAAAGGCAAGAUUUUGAAGCAUGAGUUGCAAUCUAAAGAGUUGCCCAACACUCGCAUACAACCCGACCGCCGUUGGUUUGGGAAUACACGAGUUGUGAAUCAGAAAGAACUUGAAUUCUUUCGCGAGGAGCUCCAAAGCCGAAUGUCAAGUAGCUAUAAUGUCAUUCUGAGGGAGAAAAAGUUGCCAUUUUCUCUCCUAAACGAUCACCAGAAGCAAGCUAGAGUUCACCUUCUUGAUACUGAACCCUUUCAAGAUGCAUUUGGACCUAAAGGAAAGAGAAAGCGACCAAAGCUAUUGGCAACAGAUUAUGAGUCUUUAGUUAAGAGAGCCGAUGGAUCUCAAGAUGCCUUUGAGCAGAAGUAUGCUGCCAGUACAUCUGCAGAAGGAAAUGAGGGAGAUGGGUUUAGGGAUCUGGUUCGGCAUACAAUGUUUGAGAAGGGUCAAAGUAAACGUAUAUGGGGUGAAUUGUACAAAGUAAUAGAUUCAUCAGACGUUGUUGUUCAGGUUUUGGAUGCCAGAGAUCCUCAAGGUACAAGAUGUUAUCAUUUAGAGAGGCAUUUGAAAGAGCAUUGCAAGCAUAAGCACAUGAUUCUUCUAUUAAACAAGUGUGAUCUUGUUCCUGCUUGGGCUACGAAAGGAUGGCUUAGAGUAUUAUCGAAGGAAUAUCCAAGUUUAGCAUUCCAUGCUAGCAUCAAUAAGUCUUUUGGCAAGGGUGCUCUGCUGUCAGUCUUGAGACAAUUUGCACGCUUGAAGAGUGACAAGCAAGCUAUAUCUGUUGGUUUUAUUGGGUAUCCCAAUGUUGGAAAGUCAUCAGUUAUCAACACACUGCGUACAAAGAAUGUAUGCAAGGUUGCUCCCAUUCCAGGGGAGACUAAGGUGUGGCAAUAUAUAACACUCACAAAACGGAUCUUCUUGAUUGAUUGUCCUGGAGUUGUUUAUCAGAACAAAGACACUGAAACAGAUAUUGUACUAAAGGGAGUGGUCCGUGUAACAAACUUGGAAGAUGCUGCUGAACACAUAGGAGAAGUCUUAAAACGUGUCAAGAAGGAGCACCUCAAGAGAGCAUAUAAAAUAGCAGACUGGGAAGACGAAAAUGAUUUUCUACUUCAGCUCUGCAAAUCAACUGGCAAACUUUUGAAGGGUGGCGAGCCUGAUGUAAUGACAGCAGCAAAGAUGAUCCUUCAUGACUGGCAGAGAGGUAGGAUUCCAUUCUUUGUGCCGCCUCCACGACAAGACGAUUCUUCUGAGGAACCCAAUUCAUAUGGGAUAACCGAUGAGGCAAUCUCAGAUAGUAAUCAAGCAUCUGCGGCCCUCAAAGUCAUCAAUACUGUGAUGAUGUCCCAGCAGCAGAAAAGUGUUCCUGUUCAAAAGGAUCUCUUCAGUGAGGAUGAAUUGAACGUUGAGACAACAAAUCAUCCUGAAGCCAGCGACGAUGACAAUGAGACAGCUGACCGGCUUUCAUCUUCUGACAGUGAAACUGAUGAAGGUCAGCCUUCAACAAGUGACUCUUAGAUCUUUUUUUCAAAAAAGGGUUUUUUACAUGGAAAAGAAAUUUUGGAAAUUCAGUUUUAUAAUCUUUUCUUGUUUAAUAUUUAAUUUUCAGUCAAUUGGAAUUGCUAGUAUGCCAAGUGAGUUUGUUUAUGCUCGCUGAGUAUUUCAAUUCGAGAGCUCUGAUUCACUUGAUAUGAUAUUUGAUGAAUGUAAUAAUACGAAUGUAAACAAAUUAUACAAAUUUAUUCAUAGAACCUA